AUGAAUAAAAUUAGUGCAGCAUGUGUGAUUAUUGGAGAUGAGGUAUUGAAUGGGAAGAUUAACGACACAAAUUCUAGAUAUUUUGCAAAAUUUUGUUUUAGACUUGGAAUCAAAUUACAAGAAAUCAUCACUAUUGGGGAUGAUGAACAACAAAUUAUAACGACCUUAAGACAUUUAAAGGAUAAAUAUAGAUUUAUAAUUACUACUGGUGGUAUUGGAAGUACUCACGAUGAUAUUACUUAUGAAUGUAUAGCAAAAUCAUUUAACUUACGUUGUCUUUUAAAUGAACAAUGUAAGUUAAGAAUGCAAGAAAAAUCAAACCCAGAAGGAAGAUUGGCACCACAAGCAUUAAGUGAUUAUUAUAAGAUGGCUACUUUACCCGCAGGUCCAACAGUUCAAAAUUAUUAUUUAUAUGAUGACUUAUGGGUUCCUAUAUGUAGUAUUAAUAAACAAGUUUUCAUUUUCCCUGGUAUCCCACAAUUAUUUGAAAGGUUAUUAAAUGGUUUGACACCAAUUGUUAAAUCUUUAUAUAAUUUAGGGGAGAAGGAUAUUGAAUAUGUCAGAUAUUUUGUUAAGACAAGGAUGACUGAAUCUCAACUUUCGCAUAAUUUAAAAUUGUUACAAGAGGACGCUUCGAAAGUAUCAUCUGAGAUAAAAAUUGGAUCAUACCCUCAUUUUGGAAAAGGUUUUAAUACGAUCAGCAUACUUGGUGAAAAUAAGGACGCACAGUAUCUUGUUGAGUUGAUGAAUCGUGCAAUAAAAGAAUUUGAUGGACAACAAAUUUCUACGGAAGAAGAAGACGAAGUAUCGAACUUGAGGUGA